GCUUCAAAACUUAGCAUUUGCAUGCACAACAGUCUUGGCCAAAUACUUAUCUUGGCAUCUUGUGCUGUGUCCCACUUUCUACAUAUUUCAAUUCCCUCUCUAAAUACAAUUGGUUAAUUGCCAAAUAGUGACCAACCAACAUCGAUAUCAGUUAGAAGGGUUGUGUUUGAAAUGAAAAGUAUUGGGAUUUUUAUGGUGGUGGUAGCUACCUUUGUGGUGGCAACCACCGGUGGUAGCUUCUACCAAGACUUUGAAAUAACAUGGGGUGGUGAUCGUGCCAAAGUCCUUGAAAAUGGACAGGCUCUUACCCUCUCCUUGGACAAGGCCUCUGGCUCUGGCUUUCGUUCCAAACAUGAGUACUUGUUCGGAAAAAUUGACAUGCAGCUCAAGCUUGUGCCUGGAAACUCUGCUGGCACUGUCACAGCCUAUUAUCUAUCUUCUUUGGGACCUACUCAUGACGAAAUAGACUUCGAGUUCUUGGGCAACUUGAGUGGUGAUCCUUACACUCUCCACACAAACGUGUUCACCCAAGGGAAAGGCAACAGAGAGCAACAGUUCCAUCUAUGGUUCGACCCCACCAAGGACUUCCACACAUACUCCGUUCAAUGGAACCCUGCAAGCAUCAUAUUCUCUGUGGAUGGGACCCCAAUAAGGGAGUUCAAGAAUUUGGAGAUAAAAGGGGUUCCUUUCCCGAAGAACCAAGCCAUGAGAAUAUACUCUAGUCUUUGGGACGCUGAGGAUUGGGCCACGCGAGGUGGGCUUGUGAAAACAGAUUGGACCAAGGCCCCAUUCACGGCCUCAUAUAGGAACUUCAAUGCGCAAGCGUGUGUUUGGGCCUCGUCAGGCUCGUCUUCUUGCUCUUCUUCCUCGGGCCAAUCACUGGACGCCACGGGGCAGGCCAAGCUUCGUUGGGUGCAGAAGAACUACAUGAUCUAUAACUACUGCACUGAUAUUAGACGUUUCCCACAAGGCCUACCUCCAGAAUGUUCCUCUGCAUGAGAAUUCGAGAAUCAAUGUUGCAUAUUAUUAUAAAUAUUAAAUAUUAAAUAUUAAAUAUGGUCCCCAUCAUAUACGUGGCAGAUGAUGCCUAUGAUUGUUGCAUGCAUAAAUUAAUGUAAUUAAAAGUCUAAAAGUAUUAUUGUUGGUUUGUAAAAAAAAAACAACAAAGUACGUGCAAAAUGAUAUUCAUGAAUCAUGGCAGUGUAUAUGUGCUGAAAUUAUGAAGUAUAAAUUUGUUGGAGAGUUGAAAAGUU